GGAAACUCAACAGCUUCAAAAAGCAAUCUAGGAUUCUUUUUUUGGUCCUGAGGAAUAGACGCAGCCAAACUUGCAUCAGCAAUGUCUGGAGUUAAAGGUGGAUCCUGCAGCCAGAAGAUCCAGUGUCAGGAUCCCUGCAAAGACCCUUGCCAAAAGCCACCUGUUUGUUGCAAUCCUUGCCAAGACCCAUGUAAACCUAGUCAACAACAUCAUCACCAUGGCCAACAUCACCACCAUGUCCAAAAAGAUCCAUGCAAUCCUUGUUGCCCAAAACCCUGCCGAUGCAAAGGAAUUUGCUGCUGUAAAUAGUGAAGAUAUCACAUCUAAUCCUAUGCUGCUUGAAGAGCUUUCCCAAGCUUGUUUGCCAAGCUUUAUCUAUCAUAGCGUAUGCAUAUGAAUUUCUUCUCAAAUCAAAGUUCUAUUAUAUAUUAAAAUAACAAAUAAAAUAUAAAUUUUUGGCACCAUG